AUGGAUGCCCUGGGGGAUGGGAACUAUACUGAAGUGACAGAGUUCAUUUUAUUGGGCUUAACUGAUGAUCCAAUCCUUCAAGUCAUUCUCUUCAUGAUCAUCCUGUGUAUCUACCUGGUGACCAUAUUCGGCAAUAUCAGCACAAUCAUUCUUAUCAGAAUCUCUUCUCAGCUCCAUCAUCCUAUGUAUUUCUUCCUGAGCCAUUUGGCUUUUGCUGACAUGGGCUUAUCAUCUUCCUUCACACCCAAUAUGCUUGUAAACUUCCUGGUGGAAAGAAAUACCAUCUCCUAUUUUGGAUGUGGCAUCCAAUUUGGUUUUGUUGCUUUCUUUGGGGCAGCUGAGUGCUUCCUUCUGGCCGUUAUGGCAUAUGAUCGCUUUGUGGCAAUCUGCAGCCCACUGCUUUAUUCCACCAAAAUGCCCACACAAAUCUGUGUCCAAUUGCUUCUAGUAACUUACAUAGGUGGUUUUGUCAAUGCUUGCUCUUUUGCUUUUUGUGUCUUUUCUUUAGUCUUCUGUGGACCAAAUCGAGUCAAUCAUUUUUUCUGUGAUUUUGCUCCUUUAGUUAAACUCUCCUGUUCUGAUGUCAGUAUCCCUGCAGUUGUUCCCUCAUUUAUUGCUGGCUCCAUCAGUGGGUCUACAGUGUUUGUCAUAGUCAUCUCCUACAUCUGUAUCCUCUUCAACAUCCUGAAGAUGCGCUCCACUGAGGGGCGCCACAAGGCCUUCUCCACCUGUGCCUCACACCUCACAGUGGUCACUCUGUACUAUGGGACAAUCACAUUCAUUUACGUGAUGCCCAAAUCCUACUACUCAACUGACCAGAACAAGGUGGUGUCCGUGUUCUACAUGGUGGUGAUCCCCAUGUUGAACCCCCUCAUCUACAGCCUCAGGAACAAUGAGAUUAAGGAGGCUCUGAGAAGAAAACUUGCUAGAAGAAUAUUUUCUUAG